AUGAAGUUUAUAAUUCUGCACUACUCUCCCUUCAAAGCCGUUUGGGAUUGGAUAAUCCUGCUUCUAGUUCUGUACACAGCAGUGUUUACACCUUAUUCGGCGGCCUUCCUCCUUAACGAGGACGAGAUUCGUAUGAAACUCAACAGGGAUGCUGCGACGCGCCUGAAAAACGCCGAGACCAGCAAGGCGGACCCUCUGGUGAUAAUUGACCUCCUAGUUGACAUUAUGUUCAUAGCUGACAUACUCAUUAACUUUAGGACUACUUUUCUUCAAAAUGGCGAAGUAGCCAGCGAUCCACAACUGAUCGCCAAGCAUUACGUGAAAGGAUGGUUUCUUAUUGAUGCUAUUGCUGCUAUUCCGUUUGAUCUACUUUUAUUCGGUUCAGGUACCAGUGAUGUAAGUACAGACGACAUUUUUCAACUCUUUUUUUCUUUUCUUUUUUUUCGUUAUAGUUAUAUUUAUAAAGCGUCUCUCUUGUAUGAUAUAAACAUGGCUGCCAUUUUGUAA